AUGGCCAGUGGCAUGGCAGAUAGAUUGUUGAGCAGUAGGAGUGCAAAUACAAACAUUAAAUACCACGGGGGAUUCAAGCGCUGGGAGAGCUUCAUUAACGGUCAGGGUCACACGGCGUUACCGGCGAGCCCUAUACACAUCACCAUAUACAUCAACCACCUGUUGGAUAACGGGGCAUCGCACGCGGUUGUUUCUGGUGCGGUGUAUGCCAUAAAGUGGGUGCACGGCUUGCACGGUUGUCAUGACCCCACGGAUAACUGUUUCGUGAUGAAUCUGUUGGAGGCUGCGAAGCGAACAGCACGUAAGACUGUGUGUAAAAAGGAGCCGGUUUCCAGUGAGAUGUUGGUUGAUUUAUGUGGACACUAUGACCAUUCGGACGAUUAUUGA